GAGAGAGAGAGAGAGAGAGAGAUGGUGGUGCACCGGUGAACAUGAGUUUGGUUCUAACCUUAUCAGAGUCUCUCUGUCCAGUUGUGUGAAUCCGCCCAUCCUAGGAAAUGAGGGCUUCCUGUUGUUUUAUAAAGCCUUCCUGCGAAAAGGUUGAGAUAUGUAAACCCUAGCCAGCAGAGGAGACAGACAGAGCAUCGUCAGGCAAAAUGACAGCAGCUACUUUCCCACUCAUGUUAUCUGGGUGUUUUGUGACUCUUCUCCUCUGGGGUAAGUCGAUUUACACUGACCAUUCCUUCACUCUUAUGAUACAACUUCUCUGCUUGCCCUCCAUCUCACCUCUCACGAGGAAUGCUUGUAGGCUUUCAGUGAUUGAGGAGCUUUGAGAAAGGCGCUUAGCCUGUCUCGUGAUUGAGUUUUAUCCUGAAACUGUUUGGUUUAAAGGUCAUUUAGUGUUUUUUUAUAAAAGACAACAUACUCGUUUGUAGACACGCAUUUGGAGUUGCCAAGAAUAUAUUCAGUGGAUUACGACAGGAUGCUUUCAUGCUUGUUUUGUUAAAUUGACAUAAUUCUUGUGAGAAGGAGAUGUAUUGUAAAUUUAAAUCCCAUUGAGUCAACCACUUUUAGACAUCUCUUUAAGGAAGGCGAACAAAGGGAGGAUGACCUGUUCACUCCCCACAGCUUGAGCUUAGCAAUUUCCUCUCCCUCCUCUGUUUUCACAAGCUCUGAAUCUUAAAAAACAGUACUAUUAAUCAAAAGUCAGUUUUGUCAUUUCUGUAUUUAUCAGUGUUUUCAGCUCUAAUCAUUCACUUCUCCUUUGGCAGGAUGCACAACUGUGAUUUGUCUGGUCGAUGAAAAGCUAUCAAUACAGCCCACCACAGCAACAGGUAUGCAUGUAUGUAAGACAGAUGUACUCAUAUUUAUGCGUGAGCACAAAUCCUUUGUUCAAUCAUGUUUUUUUUCUUUCAUUACAGGGUAUCAUCCAACAGAAAUGAUGACAAAAAGUAAGUUUACAUCCUUCUAUUAUGUCCAUGAGGGUUUAAUCCAAACGUACGAAACGCAAAAACCUGAUCUACUUUCAUUUAUUAUUUGGUUACAAAUGGUGUUUAUAUGUUUAUGUCCACUGGGAGAUUGUUUUUGGGAAUCAUUAUCUGGACUGGAGCUGACAGACACAAAAAGCAGAGCUCAGAGACCCGGGUUCCUGCCAAGAUCUCUCCGCGUUUUAUUAUGAGAAUCCAAGACAAACUCCCGGGGAGGUCUCUACUAGUGAGGGGUCACCAGCAGUAGACACAAGGCCCAUAAUGGUUUGGGGUUAAAGGUUAACUGAAACCGUAUUAUGAGCAGCCCCCAGCUGGCCCAUUUCCUGAAUUUGUUCGUCAUUCACCCCAUGCAACGUCUGUGAUCAACACAUGAACUCUGAGUUGUGAAACAACUGGAACUUUGGAGCAGCGCCCCUUUCACUGUUCCUCAUCCUGUGCCUUCCUUUUUUUUUUCUCCCCCCGACUGUCCCCCCCUCCUCCCCCUGCCAACUCCCCCCAACUUGGAGCUCCUCCUCCCCUGAAAAGACACAUUUCCUGAUGUCAUUACUAAAUCAAAAUGCUGCUCGGCAAACAGAUGUUGUGAGGGGCCCGACAUGUGGGUUCAGUGACAUAAAUUAACAAGUUAGUUGAGGGAAAACAUGAACCAUAAUUUUUCAUUCAUCUAAUAAAAGCACCUCUGUGGCUGCUCUUUAAAGUGCUGAGUGCUGACAGUGAGAAAGGAUCUCAGAUGUGCCACACUCAUAAGCUCCUCAUGUCACAUAAAAAAACACAAAGUUUCCCACACUGUGGAGAAAAGACAGUGCAUUCCUUCAAAGAGCAUGUGCGUAAAGCUCGCUGGCUUUUUGAAACAGCUGGUCAGCUCUGACUAAUUACUUCUUUAAGGUUUGUUCAGAUUAGCCUAAAUAUGAAAGCAUGGCUGUCUGCUCUGCACACCCUGCAGAGUCAUGAUUACAUCCACCCCAAAAACCCUAAGUCCUAAAUGUUUACUUAUGUUUCCUAUUUGGCAGAGGCAGCCCAAAAGGCAAAUAAAUCACAUGCUGUGAGCUGGCCAGGCCUUCGACUGUGAGAAACUGAGACUAAAAAGCAGAACAAGAGUUAAAGAGUAAAGGGUUUUCAGAUGUGAGUCCAGCCCAGCUUGGGUGUGCUCCCUUUUAUUUGGGAGAAUGGAGAGGACAAUCUCUGUUGCCUCCACCCCUUCAAAAUAGGAAGAAAAUCCAAGAGAAACGUGUGUUGGAGACGGGAAGAGCUGCUGCCAAGGCACAGGGCCGUCAGACAGAUCUCCGGAGAACAUCUGCUAACCGCGGGUAACACUGUUUGGACAUCUGGUAACCGAAGGUUACACUGCGUCUCUUCCAUCCUGUCGGGUUUCCUGUUAUGCCUUGCUGUACACAGUCCUAGAAGUUGAGUUUGAUCAUACAUGGUGAUCGGCUGGGAAAAGCGCACCUUUAUUCGUUUUGUUCUGAUAUGAAGGGAGCACUUGGUUUCAUUGGGGUAUUCCUCUCCUUUCUCUCCGGUGAGUGUGUGGUCUCUCUCUCUCUUUCUCUCUCUUCUACAGCUGCAAAUGCCUGUCUCAGUGCUAGUCAUGUGAAGGAACUUAUGAGCAACAGUGGACAAGAGCAGUCUUAAUGUUGUGUUUUGAUGGGAUGUAGUUCUGAAAAGACCGAGUUAGAAGUGCCUCACUUCACAGAUUUACUAAGACUUUAUGUGAACUGAAAUAGUCUAAAUGACCCUUUUUUCUACUCUUUUAGAUGCCACUUAUGGAAAUACCGCAAUGCCAAUGGGUAGGUGACAUAUUUCUGUAACUUUACAUAGCAAUAUUUCCUUAUAUUACUCCGUAAAGACACAGUUUAAUCUGUUUUUUUAAGAUGGCUGUAUAACCUAUCUAAAUGUCUCUCAUCUUUCUCUCUCUCUCUUUUUCCAACUCUUCAGUUCAUAUGCCUUGUGGGAAUAAAACUCAUAACUGUCAGGACUUUUGUGACAUCUGUCUCAUGUAUAAUGGAGCAAUAAUGGAUUGCCUUUCUACACUGGUUGAACACCUAUGUCUCCGUAAUUUUAAGGAAGCAAUGGCAUCAUUAAACAGCAGUGACUGGUGCAUUUGGGGUAAUGUGAGGAGGUAAGUGUUGUGUGUUUGUCCUCUCAGUGAAACAUGCUGCUCAUAGUUUUUCUCUUUUUAAUGUUUGAAUGAUCACUCUCACAUUCCCUGUCUGCUCUGCAGCAUGUAUAGUAACCUGAGCCUAUGCACUGAGGAGAUAUCUGACUGCCUCCUGAUCCCAUGGCCCAACCCUCUGGUGGAACAGACCUUUGUGGAUAUUCACUCCACAUUUUUCAAGGACUGUCCGACAGAAGAGCUUAGCGAUCCACCGCCAGCCAUCAUCUUCGCCCUGGUGAUAACUCCCAUCUGCUUGAUCCCUGUCAUGGUCAGUCUGGUGGUGCUCAAGACCAAGAACGGGGACGGCAGUUCUUGAACAUCACAAAUCUCUGCCCUGCUCACAAUCAAAGAAUACAAAGAAUGGGAUCUAUCUCAACCUGGGAGCUACAGCCUGAUCAUACAUAACUGUGCAGAGGACGGAGACCUUUUUUUCUGACAAAUCUGCCAGCACGUCACAUCUAAAGAAACGUAGAUAACUUAGCCAGGAAGGAUACCUACUGAAAAGAUGACACCUACUUUACAGCCAACCAGGUUUCUGAUGUUAACAGAGACUCACUUUGACUCAAUUUAUCAUGAAUUCCUGUACUAUACUGUGAAAAAGUUUUGUAUUUAUCUUCCUGACUUGACAUUUGAACUUUUUAUAUAUUGGUCACAAUCCAUUUGCACAGAGAAAGAAAACAAAGCUUGAUUUGAAUGGAGAUCCUAGUAUUCAGGUUUAUGAUAACAAAAGCUCUAAAGCUUGCCAGAUGUGUUUGUAUUUUGUUGACACUCCUCUUUAUGUUGGACAGCAGUUGUACCUAUAAAAGACAAGGUAUUUUUUUUACUGAACUUCUAAACUUCUCUUGUGCAUUUUUAAUUUUUUUUUUGCGGCGACUCAGAUCUUCCUUUUCUUAAAACCACUUAUUAGACAAAGUACAGGAUGUAUGCAUUAUAAACUAAUGUACUGAUUUCAAGUCUGAAAUGCAGAUUUUAUUUGCCCGUGUAUAUGUGUAAAAGGAGAAGAGCAUAUUUUGAUGUAUGGAUCUGGUUAUGUGAGUCAUAGUGUGUGUAAUGUUCAGGGUCAGAGGUUACACAUGGGACACAAUGAGCGGGUACGCCCAGUAAAGGAGAUCUCUUCCUGCUAUUGUCUUUAGCUGAGCAGUAACAAAUCCUUCAGCACUUUCCUCCUGUCCCAAAAUACAACAGCCCUCAUGAUUGAAGGAUAAGCUAAUUGAUGUAAAAUUUAUUUCAAAUUCCCACCUUGACGAAAAGACUUGAAAGAGUCUGAGUUGUGAUGAACACCAAGCGAGAGGAUAAAAUUGUUAUCCUGGCUGUGCUUUGUUCAGAUUUAUAUGAUGAUAAAGCUGUUGUGGAGAGUAUGAACAAAAUGUGUAUUUAUAUACUGUGUUAUUGUCAGGACUUUAAAGACUUACUGUACCAUCUGAGGGAACACAAUCUGCCUACUCUUACAUAAUGUACUGUAUAUAUUUUUGACAAACUUUUGAUAUAUUUCAGACAAUUAAAUCCACAGUUAUAUCACUGGCUACUGCUCUUCACUCUCUAAGACACAAACUGUUAAAGUAAAUCUUCAAAAGCCUCUUAUCCAUUACAGUAAAGGGCUGUGCUCAGUUAAGCUCAUGUUCACAGACUACUUUGAAAAAGUUGCAGCAUCGUUCAGUCAAAGUGUCCUCUAACCUUUGUCAGUAUUGAUGAAACACUCUUCCCCCCCGAGGGUCCCACAGAUGGCACUGCUUUGUGCCUCAGGUAGAGUUUCAGCGGAUUGAAAAGCACAUUAUCAUAUGGUGCUGUUGCUAUGUUGCACAUGUGCUGAUGUGUAGUGAAGGAAGCAGGGACAGCAGUCAUGUAUCACACCCUCAUCUGGCAAAUGCAGCACUGCAGGGUGGGCCUCUGAUAGUGCACGCGUACGUGUGUGUGGGGUGAAUGUGUGUGUCAGGCAAGCGAUGGGUGGGAAAAUGUGUUUGGUGACCUUCUUCCUCACUAGAUAUCAGGUCAUCCUCGUCCACACCCCCCUCUGAUCUCAUCAAUUUAGGUGUUACUCCUUAUUUUAAAAGGACAGAGGGCAUUUUUCUGUAGUUGUUAUGCAAAAUUUAAACGGGAAAAAGGAGUUAAAUCAUUUUUUAUUGGUCACAUUGCAGCAGUUGUUUCACAGAACAUUAAAUAUGUGUUCAGUUAGUGCACAUUUAUGUACCCGUGAUCAACAGGCCUGUCCAGAAGUGUGCUCAGCCAGGAGACUUUGCCCCCUAGUGGUUUCAUGUGAUAUAACAAGCUGCAUGAUGGCACUCUUCUCCACAAAAAAUAUAUAUAAUAGAAAUUUCAUAUUUGCAGCAUUUAUAUCGCUGUAAGACCAGGCUGACCCACAACUCUGUAUGAUAACCAUCAAUCAGAGUAAAUGUAUGAGACGAGUUUAUAGUGAAGAAAAAAAAACCCUCACAUUUGGCACAAUUCAAGAGUCAAAGAAGAUGUGAAACUACUGACCAAGCUGGAAAAAAAUGGUCAGGCACCAGCACCUAAACAUAGUGUGUCACUCUCUGCAGGAGGGAUGUUACAAUGUAAGGGAGACCAGGCCAUCUGCAAGAACGGACUGUUCAGCUAAAUUCAAGCAAACUGUUUCUGAACAGUCUACAUUUUCAUUAAGAGUUGCAGAAAAGUGGAACUGACCUCCAACCAACAUGAAAAACUAACAAAAAUUUAGAUUAUAGCUCAAGGUGAACUAGUCUUGCAAUCACUAAUGAAACCUUUGUAUACAGUUGGUGAGGGAAUAGUGUAAUUUGUUGUUUUAUGUCAUGUACUGUUUAUAAAAAUUCAAAAGUGUUUCUCUUCUUCUAUGUCCAAAAAGAUGCAUUAAAAACUGACUGAACUGACUUUGUAAA